AUGCGAAGGUUGUUCUCAACAUCCAGCCGAGCUCUCUCGCAUGAUAAUCCCUUGGGCCUUCCGAAGUCUGGUACACCACCAACUUUCCGAAGUCGGCGGGGAAUGCCCGAGAAGCGCAAGAUCCGGGAUGUUAAGAAAGUGGUUGCAGUAUCUUCAGCAAAGGGAGGUGUUGGAAAAUCGACUGUUGCGGUCAAUCUCGCCCUUUCUUUCGCCCGUCGAGGAAUUCGAACAGGUAUUCUGGAUACCGACAUCUUUGGCCCGUCAAUCCCGACUCUCCUCAACCUCUCUGGCGAGCCUCGCCUUGAUGAACACAACUGUCUUGUUCCUCUCACAAACUAUGGUCUCAAGUCUAUGUCGAUGGGAUACCUUCUCCCGCAAACCCAAGCCGACGGUCCUUCUGGAGAAGUGCCAAUGGACACAACGCCGAUCUCCUGGCGAGGAUUGAUGGUAACAAAAGCCAUGCACCAACUUCUUCACUCAGUCUCAUGGGGUCCACUCGAUGUCCUUAUACUCGAUCUCCCACCGGGUACUGGCGAUGUGCAGCUCACAAUCAAUCAAGAAAUCAUCAUCGAUGGAUCAGUGAUUGUAACAACACCACAAGAUAUCGCCCUGCGUGACGCCGUUCGUGGUUUCGGUAUGUUCAAACGCAUGGAAGUCCCUGUCCUCGGAAUGGUCCGCAACAUGGCUUAUUUCGCCUGUCCUAAUUGUGGCCAUGAGACUCGAAUCUUCUCUCACGGUGACGGGGACCAUUCUCACGGUGAAGAAGGUGGUGUUCUGGCACAAUGCAAACGAUUGGGCGUCGAUUUCCUCGGUGAUAUUCCCCUCGAUGCCAAAGUCUGUGAAGAUGCCGACCGCGGAAUGCCAACAGUCGUGGCAGAGGAAUCUUCAGAAAGGAGUGCCAGGCGUCAGGCUUUCCUGAAUAUUGCGGAGCAAGUGGCACACAAGAUUGGCCUGGACUGGAAGUGA